AUGGAAAAUUCAACAGAGGGAAACAACGAAGAAGGGCCGGCAAUAGGAAUCGAUCUCGGGACAACCUACUCUUGCGUGGGAGUUUGGCAACACGGCCGUGUUGAGAUCAUCACAAAUGAUCAAGGUAACAGAACGACGCCGUCUUGGGUUGCCUUCACUCCUACUCAACGACUUAUCGGAGAAGCUGACAAAAACCAAGUUACUGCCAAUCCUUCUAACACUAUCUUUGAUGCCAAGAGACUUAUACGCAGUGAUGAAACAGUGCAAAAUGACAUUAAGCUUUGGCCAUUUAAAGUCAUUGCCCCACCUGAUUCAUGUGAAUACAAGGAGCCACUGAUAGUGGUGACUUACAAGGGCGAGGAGAUAUCUUCAAUGGUCCUUGUCGAGAUGAAAGAGAUAGCAGAGGCCUAUCUUGGUUCAACAGCCUACUUCAAUGAUUCUCAGCGUAAGGCUACAAAAGAUGCAGGAGUCAUUGCUGGACUAAAUGUUAUCCGUAUUAUCAAUGAGCCAACUGCAGCUGCUAUUGCCUAUGGUCUUGACAAGAAGCUUAAUGAGAAUGACAUUGGCAAAAAGCAUAUACUAGUAUUUGAUCUUGGUGGUGGGACAUUUGAUGUAUCUUUAGUAUGUUUGGAAAAGGGUGUGUUUGAAGUUAAAGCAGUAAGUGGAGACACACAUCUUGGUGGUGGAGACUUUGACAAUAACAUGGUGAGUUACUUUGUGGAGGACUUCAAAAGGCAACACAAUGUAGACAUUGGUAGGUUGAGAGCAGCUGCUGAGAGAGCCAAAAGAACCCUUUCAUCUGCUCAUGAAACUACCGUUGAGAUUGAUUGCCUUUACAAGGGCAUUGAUUUCACCCGUGCUCGAUUUGAGAAGUUAAAUAUUGAUUUAUUUAGGAAGUGUAUCGAUCCAGUAGAUCAGUGCUUGAAGGAUGCUAAGAUGGAGAAGAGUGAAGAAAGAAGGCUUUUACAAGAGUUUCUCAAUGGAAAGGAGCUUUGUAGAAGCAUCAACCCAGAUGAGGCAGUUGCCUAUGGAGCCGCAGUCUAUGCUUCUGUCUUGGCUGGUGUGAUUACUAAGAAUGAUAUGGUGCUUGUUGAUGUUGCACCUUUAUCGCUUGGUAUUGAGGUCUAUGGUGGUGGCAUGAAAAUUGUUGUCCCUCGUAACACUAUUAUCCCAACAAAGAAGGUUGGCAGGGUUUAUACUGCCUCUGAUUAUCAGACAGUUGUACCAUUCUCAGUAUAUGAAGGUGAGAGACCAGUUGCUAUAGACAACAACUUUCUAGGCAAAUUUAAACUAUCAGACAUUCCUGCAGCACCUGCUGAGGACAUUAAUACCGGAAACAAGAACCAUAUCACAAUUACUAAUCGGAGUAGGUUAUCAGAGGAGGAGAUUGAUAGAUUGUUGAAAGAGGCUGAAAAGUACAGGACUGAGGAUAAAAAAUAUUUAAACAAGGUGAAAGCUAAGAUUGCUUUGGAGAACUAUGCUAACAAAAUGUGGGAGACAUUGAAAGAUUACGCGGAGAAGAUUAGUGUCGAUGAUAAGAUGAGGAUGAAGAAUGCCAUUGAGAAGACAGUGCAGUGGCUAGAUUGGAAUUAUCAGCUGGCUGAAGCUUCCAAGUUUGAAGAAAAGAUGAAAGAGCUUCAAGUCAUCUGUGAACCAAUAAUUAAGCAUCUAAACCUGACAAUGACACUGUUUGUUCCAAUAAUUCCGAGUGAACUCUAGCCAGGAAGUAAUUUAGUGGGUCGAUGGACUAGAGUCUGGAGGGUUAUGAAGUUUUUUGGUUUGAGAAUUGAGAUAGAUGAAGGUGCUCUAGUAUGUUUUGAAGGGUAUUUUUAGCAGGAGUUUUUUUUUUUUUUUUCCUUAUUACUUUUUGGGAUAGAUGAAGGUGCUUUAUUUUGGUGGUAAAUGUUGCCAUGAUCUAGUUGCAAACUGUAUUAAGCUCCGUUAGAAUUUAAACACUUACUUAAUUUUGGUGGUGAUUGUUGCAAUGACGAAGUGCUUUCAAGAUAUGAUGUAAAAAAAAAAAAAAGUGACAUCCAAGGCAAUGUCCAAGCCACUACACACACUAGCUACACAAAUAGUCCAACAUAAUUGUUAAAUUAAAGCAAGAAAUACACAAAUUAGAAACUCGGGGCAUCGCCCAGGAUACACACUAGUCAUAAAUUAGAAGGUGAUUUUAUAGAAUAAACUUUUUUUUUGGCAAAUUUAUAGAAUAAACUUUAUGUAGGGUAAUAUGGUUAUAUUUAUACAUUAUGAGUGAUUUUUAAUUUUUUAUAUAGUCCAUCUCUUGUAAAGAUUUCAUUCUUAAUAAUAAGUGUACAAAUAAAAUAAAAAAUUAGUUAAGUUUGAAAAUCAUCAAAGCAGGCCAAAUUAAAUCCGAAAAAUUUCAAUUAGAUUAUGAGCAUUUCUUAAAAAAAAAAAAAAAAAAAAAAAAAAAAAAAAAAAAAAAAAAAAAAAAAAAAUUGAGCAUAGCAUGAAAAUUGUUACUCCGUAUGUCACAACUAUAGUAGUUUUAUUUAUUACGUAUAAUCCCAAUACAUAAAAAAAAAUAAAAAUAAUUCAUCUUUUAUCUUUCAAUCCAUAAGUUGAAUAAAAAAUUUAUAGGAUCUUGUUAACG